ACAUUUUCUCUAUCCAAUCCAAACAUAAAACAUUAAUAACAAAGAUCAUUCCAAAGGAUGUUCUUUCACUCUCUCAACUCCAAAAAUCACCAAAACAAUGCCACAAAAAAACCACACAAACACAAACUAAAUCAUGCAAUGCAAUCCCUGUCUCCCUUCUUCUAAACCAAACACAAAAAUGGCAUCUUUCCCAAUGCCACACCUCCUACCAUGCACUUCUCUCCCUCACACAACCACCACCGCCGCCGCCGCCAAUAUAUUCUUACCCUCCUCUCUCUUCCGCCGUCGCCGGACUCUCCACUCUCUCCGCUGCUCCGCCUCCGACAAGCCGCAAGACGACGCCGUCGAGCUGCCUCUCUUCCCUCUCCCUCUCGUCCUCUUUCCGGGCGCGAUCCUCCCUCUGCAGAUCUUCGAGUUCCGCUACCGCAUCAUGAUGCACACGCUCCUCCACACCGACCUCCGCUUCGGCGUCGUCUACCACGACGCCGUAUCCGGCACCUCGGAAGUGGGCUGCGUCGGGGAGGUGGUGAAGCACGAGCGCCUCGUCGACGACCGCUUCUUCCUGGUCUGCAAAGGGCAGGAGAGGUUCCGCGUCAACGACGUCGUCCGCAGCAAACCCUACCUCGUGGGACGCGUCACGUGGCUGGAGGACCGCCCGCCGGAGAACGACGCCGGAGACGACGCGGAGGCGCUGGCCCGCGAGGUGGAGGGGUACAUGAAGGACGUCAUACGCCUCUCGAACCGGUUGGGAGGGAAAGGUGAGAAGGAGAUGGGGGAUUUGAGACGGAACCUCUUUCCGACGCCGUUUUCGUUCUUCGUCGGAAGCACCUUCGAGGGUGCUCCCAGGGAGCAGCAGGCGCUGUUGGAACUGGAGGACACGGCGAAGAGGUUGAAGAGAGAGAAAGAGACGCUCAAGAACACGCUUAACUAUCUCACUGCUGCUUCUGCUGUCAAAGAUGCUUUUCCUUCUUCUUGAUUCAUCACCAUCGUCAUCAUCAUCAUCAUCAUCAAUACCUUAUAAAUUUUGAUGCUUCACGUUUCAUGCUUUAUAUUUGUUCAUAAUCACUGCUUAAUUAAUGAUAGUAGAUAUAGUUUUUCAGCUCCUAAUAUUCCACCAUGUCAUAUAGAUCAAUGUGCCAUUACUAAUAAAUAUAGCAUGUUUUGGUUGGAAUGUCAAUGAACUUGGAGUGUGCUGUUUGA